CUAAACUUUCAUAAAUCGCUAUCAGCUAAAAAACUGGUCAAGUGCUCCGAUGUAUAUAAAGGCUGUGUGUAAGCCCAAUCAGCACUCAGACGCAGUUAAUACAGCUCUAGCCAAAGACAACAUGGAUUUCAACACCGCCACCGAGAAAGCCAAGAGCUUCACCAAGACCCCCACCAAUGAUGAGUUCUUGGAAUUCUACGGUCUCUACAAGCAGGCCACCGUUGGUGACAACACCACCGCUGAGCCCGGCACCUUGGAUCUGAAGGGCAAGGCCAAGUGGGCCGCAUGGAGCAAGCACAAGGGUCUAUCCCAGGAUGCCGCCAAGGCUGCAUACAUUGCCACCUACGAGAAGUACGCUCCCAAAUACGCUUAGAUCUCUGUCUUAGGCUCUUCAAAUUAACACUCAAUAGAUGAACAAAAUAAAAUUGAAAAUUAUUUGCAUAAUUUAAAAACUAA